UUCAACUCUACGCUGUCGUGCAAACUUGUCGCACGUCGCUUUUUGACGUUCCGAGAAUAACGUGCACGCAAUGUAAACAAUAACAAACACGUUUCGUUUGGUUGACCAUUCUGUGCAUUGUCCUGAAGUUUGGUUGAAAUUGGUAGCUGGAUUUCCGAGUUAUAAUUGGAAAUGUUUACGGUAGGCGAGCUCGUACUUGUGUCAAACACGUUCUGACCUGAAAUCCCUUUGGCCAGUUGUCGCACUUACAUCACUUUUCAAGCUGCGUCAAGAUAGCACGACAAGAUUGAAACUUCAUUAUGAAAAGUAACAAAAAUGCACGGAGUUUUUUUCCCCGUUUUUAUUGAAUAUCUCAGGAAUUAAAUCGAAUAUUGGGGAUAUAUGAAGGUUAAAAGGUGGGCAUUGUGAGCUGCACAAAAUGGCGUUAUUAACUCAGUUUGACCCAAAAUGCACUUACCUACUUGAUUCACGUCCGUAAUUGACAACUUAUCGAGCAAUAUGUUCCGAAAUGUGGCUCAAAAAUUAGAUGUUAAGUUAAAACAUAACAUGGAAUUUAAUCUAAAGCUUGUUGAGCUAGUACAACAGAAUUCUUCGCUUUACGUCCACGAACCCAUGCGCACCAAUCAACUUCAAACGUGGGAAGAAAUCGCCGAAACCCUGGGUGUGUCCUGCAGAUACACACGAGCCCACUGGCGGUGGCUCCGCGUGAAAUAUGCCCAAUUCGUCAAACUUCGGAAACCGGACCACCCAGCCCAGAUCGAGUCGCACAUGCACUUUCUGAGGCCACAUUUGCGUAUUCAGAGUCGCACGCUCGCUCCGCCGCCGCCACCGGUGGCAGAAUGGAACCGGAAACCGUCUACGCCGCUCGUGCCGAGAAACACACGAGUUGAAAGCUGCGCCCAUCUCGGGUACGACCCGGGCGAUCAGGAUGCCGCGUUCUUGCUGAGCAUCCUUCCCCACCUGAAGGUCAUGACCGGGCAGCAGCGAAGGCAGUUCAAGAUGGGCGCUGUGAAGUUGAGUGCGGAAAUGCUUGCAAGCUAGUGGUAUUUCAUGAGUUUAAAGCUA